AUGAAACUCAAUCCGGCCAAAUGCACCUUCGGCGUCACCUCAGGCGAAUUUUUGGGAUACAUCGUCACCCAGAAAGGAAUCGAGGCAAAUCCUAAGAAGAUCACCGCCAUACUAGACCUCCCUAGUCCAAAGAAUAGCAGAGAGGUCCAGCGACUCACGGGGAGGAUCGCGGCGCUGACCGCUUCAUCUCCAUGUCCACAGAUUAAUGCUUCCCUUUCUACGAGCUACCACGCGGAAACAAACGUUUCGUCUGGGACGAGAAGUGCGAGGAGGCUUUCGAACAACUCAAACAUAUCCUCCACCGCGGUCAGCAGCGUCCUUAUCCGAGAGGAUCGAGAAGAGCAGAAGCCCAUCUUCUACACGAGUAAGUGGAUGACCGAUCCGGAAACGCGAUACCACACCCUCGAGAAGAUGGCUCUUGCAGUUAUUACGUCAGCGAGGAAGCUGCGUCCUUACUUCCAAUCGCACACAAUCGAAGUACUAACGAAUCAACCGCUACGCACAGUAAUGCUGAACACCAACCAAUCCGAACGAUUAUCGAAGUGGGCUAUCGAGCUCAGCGAGCACGACAUUGUGUUCAAAAAUCGAACAGCAGAAAAAUCCCAAGUCCUCGCUGACUUCCUGAUCAAGCUCGCACCAGAGCUAGAGCAAGACCUAGUUCUUCCAAGAUCAGGAGCAGGAGUCCAACUGCAGUCUCCAACAGGCGAGCUAAUCAGACAGUCGUUCAGUUUCGGCUUCACCGCUUCAAACAAUGAAGCAGAAUACGAGUCAUUGAUCGCAGGACUACGACUCGCUAAGGCAGUCAAAGCAAAACGCCUCAGUGCAUACUGCGACUCACAACUAGUUACCAGUCAGUUUAGCGGCGACUACGAUGCUCGUAACGAACGAAUGGACGCGUACCUUAAAGUCGUUCAAACACUGGCUAGGGACUUCGAAUUCUUCGAACUCACCAAAGUCCCCAGAGGAGAGAACGUGUGCGCCGACGCCCUCGCUGCCUUGGGUAGCAGGCUGCGCGAUCAGGUGAAACGGACCAUUCCCAUCCACAAGAUCGACAAGCCAAGAAUCGAGCUCCCGCCUAGCGAAGUGACCGUCGUAGCACCCAUAACCGAAGCCAUCCCCAUGGACGAGGACCCCGCAACAGAACAAAUUGAAGCUACCGACUGGAGGACAGAAUUCAUCAACUAUCUGGUCGACGGAAAGUUACCCCCCCCCCCCGAGAAAUGGAUUGCAAGACGGCUCAGGACAAGGAGUGCCCACUACGUCGUCUUGGAUGGAGAACUCCAUCGAUGGACCGCAACCAAGGUGCUUCUGAAGUGCAUCAAUGGCGAGGAGACGCACCUUGUCAUGGCCGAAACGCAUGAAGGCACCGCAGGAAACCACUCCGGAGGUCGAGCACCCGCGUUAAAAGUCAGAAGCCUUGGCUUUUACUGGCCAACAAUGAAUGCAGACUGCGAAGCUUAUGCCCAGCGAUGCGACCAAUGCCAGCGACAUGCCUCGACAAUCCACUCCCCGACGCAGUUGCUGCGAACGAUGACUGCUCCAUACCCUUUUAUGCGAUGGGGAAUGGACAUAAUCGGCCCUAUGCCGAGCUCUCGACAGAAGCGUUUCUUCCUUGUUUUGACAGAUUACUUCACAAAGUGUAUUAAGGCGGAAGCCUUCGCUAGCAUAACAGAAAAAGAAGUUCAACGGUUCCUGUGGAAGAACAUCAUCUAUCGCCACAGCCUACCUUACGAAAUAGUGACUGACAACGGUCCCCAGUUCAUAUCGAACAAGUUCCGAGAAUUCUGUGAGAGAUGGAGAAUCCGAAUCAACAGAGCGAGCUCGCGAUACCCUCAGAGCAACGGUCAAGCCGAGGCAUCCAACAAGAUCAUAAUCGACGGUUUGAAGAAACGCCUCGACUUGAAAAAAGGAUGUUGGGCCGAUGAACUCGACGGUGUUCUCUGGUCACAUAGAACAACUCCUCGAGGAGCAACAAAAUCAACUCCUUUCUCAAUGGCACACGGAGUCGAAGCUAUGGCCCCCGCCGAAGUGAACGUAACCAGUCUUCGACGGUUAAGAAUACCGCAGAACAUUGAACUCAACAGCGACAUGCUCUUCGACGCUCUGGACGCCAUAGAAGAGCGCAGCGACCAAGCCCUGCUCCGCAUCCAGAAUUAUCAGCAUCAGAUCGAAAGCUACUACAACAAGAAGGUCAAGUCUCGACUUCUCGAACUGGGCGAUAUAGUACUGCGCAAAGUGUUCGUGAUCUGGGAAGGGCCUUACAAAAUUGCUCAAGUUGUUAAACCAGGAGUCUACCGACUCGAGACGUCGACUGGCGAACCCGUUCCCAGAGCAUGGAACUCCAUGCAUCUCCGAAGAUACUACUCUUGA